AAAAUAAACACAACCCUAUUACAGUGUCGUGUUGUCAAAAUUAUUGGAUGUGUAUAAUUUUUAAAAUCCAAGGAUAUCAGAAAAUUAUCUGUAAAUAUUUAGAAAUCGAAAAUAAUAUGCAUUGUAACCGUAAAAUAACAGUGUAAUUCAGACUGCCGCGCUGUGAAGGCGCUCGCAUCGAAAAUCUUUCAUAAAUCGUUCCACAAAACCUUAUUCAGAAAUGGAUGGGACUUGGGUGCUGGUUUUGCUGGCUUUAGUGAUGUUAGUGGGAUCAUAUGUGGCUGGGAGCAUACCCUUAAAUGUGUCUAUGUCUGAGGACAAAUUGAAAAAGGUGACAGUAUUUGGUGCUGGUCUACUUGUUGGCACUGCACUGGCGGUGAUCAUCCCAGAGGGAGUACGUUCCUUGUUCAGCGAGAGGACCCAUCCAACAGUUGUUACUAAAGAUUACACAGCAGAGCCUCCAGACAAUGACGACCUCCAUUCUGUUAUUGGAAUAUCUUUAGUUUUAGGUUUUGUAUUCAUGUUGCUCGUUGACCAGAUGUCUUCAAGGUACAAUGACGCCUCAAACCCAGUCGAAAAGAACGUCACAGCUACUGUAGGACUGGUCGUACAUGCUGCGGCUGACGGCGUGGCGUUAGGCGCCGCGGCGACUACUUCCCACACAGACGUGGAGUUCAUAGUGUUCCUAGCCAUAAUGUUGCACAAAGCGCCUGCUGCUUUCGGCCUGGUUACAUUCCUAAUGCACGCAGGACUUGAAAGAAACCGGAUACGGAAGCAUCUGCUGAUAUUCUCGUGUGCGGCGCCGAUGCUAGCUCUGUUGACAUAUUUCGGUAUUGGCAACGAGAGCAAACAGACUUUGAGCGAUUUUAACGCAACGGGUAUUGCCAUGUUGUUCUCGGCAGGUACGUUUUUAUAUGUCGCGACAGUGCACGUCCUGCCCGAGUUGACACAUUCGCAGUCGCACACACACACGCUACUGCCCAUGCAGGAGGGCGCGGUCCCCAAACGCGGCUUCGGCGGACUGCAGUUUUUCGAAAUGAUCAUACUUUCCGUGGGGGCUCUUCUACCCGUGUUACUCACUAUGGGUCAUAAACAUUAGUUCAUUAACAGGGCCGGAUUUGGCAAACCCUUGCAGGGUCAAGACACACGUUUUGUAUAUUUAUUUGUGGAUCUAACGAAAUGUUAUUUAAAACAAUUUUGAUACAAGAUGUGAUAGGCUCAAAUUUUAUUCGUUUUUAAAUCACGUCAGAAAUGUUUUUUAAACUAUAAUAUGCGUUGUGUUUCAAUGACUGAAUGACGGCACACACGAGGUAUAAUUAUUUUUUA